AUGGCAACCAAUAAUAUUGUUCAAAAUGACAACGAUAAUAAUUAUACAUCUAUUAAAGAUGACCUUGAUUUCGAUGAUCAUGUUAUUUUUACUGCGAUUAAUGAAUGGGAAAGACAUUCAAUCGGAAAAAUUCAAUUAGCUGCUCAACAAGCUCGAAAUGAUCUUCAUGGAUUAUUGGAUAAAAAACGUCAAGAUUUUGCUAAUUUAUUAAUUCAAAUGAAUGAAAACAUAACACCAGAUAUUAAUAUUACGAAAUUAACAGAAGAUGUAUAUAAACUUCGACAAGAUUUAUCGAAAAUGUCAUCAUCGAUUCAUUUAGAACAUGAUAAAAAGAAAUUUCCGAUUUAUCUUAUUAAACUUAAUUCAAAAAAUAACGAUCAAAUUCAAGAAGAUUUAGUUGACGAAAAUGUAAAUGUACCUGGAACAACACCAUUAACAGUAUCUAUGCUUUAUAAAAUAUCACCAGUUGAACAAAAACAAAUAUUAGGUGAACGACUUUUUGUACUUGUUCAACAAAUUGAACCAAAAUUUGCAGCGAAAAUUACUGGAAUGUUUCUUGAAUUAGAUAUAAAAUAUAUUUUGAUUUUAAUCCAAUCCCAUCAAGUACUUAAAGAUAAAAUCAAAGAAGCACUUAAUGUAUUACAAGUUCAUCAAUAUAGACAACGUAAUGUUAUUAAAUCAUGA